AAUCACUAGCGGGACGCACCAAAAUGUAGGAGCACUUUUCGCACCCAGAAAGUUGUAAUCCUGAGCUUACGCCUUCUGAUCGACGUUGUCCAACAUGGCUGAAAGCGACUCCUUGCCAGGACAAGGGAAGAAAGUCUGUGUCACUGGAGCAUCUGGUUUUAUUGGAAGCAAUCUCGUCAAGCUUCUUCUUGAUCGCGGGUAUCAUGUUCGCGGGACAGUUAGGGACGCAACCGACGAGGCAAAGACAUCAUGGAUUCGCGAUCUUGGAGAGGGGACGCCAGGAACCCUUGAACUUUUUUCUGCCGACCUGAAUAAGCCUGGAAGCUUCGAUGAAGCUGUUGAAGGAUGCGAGUUUGUGUGCCAUGUCGCCUCUGUUGUUCGUUUGAGUGUGCCGAAUCCGCAAUCUGUUGUGGAUGCAGCUCUCGAGGGCACGAGAAAUGUGUUCGCUUCCAUCCUCAAGCACAAAACUGCCAAGAAGGUGGUGGUCACCUCAUCUGUAGCAGCGAUCAUUGACUACAUAAACAACAAGGAUCGGCUAUUAACCGAAGACGACUGGAACCGAGACCUAAGUCUUAAAGACCCCUACCCAAUGGGCAAGACUCUUGCAGAGAGAUAUGCCUGGAAGACAGUAGAAGACAUGAAAGGCCAAGAUUGGUCUUUUGACCUGGUCACCAUCUGUCCAGCCAUGGUAUUUGGUAAAGCCACACGUCGGGCGCAUGUCCGAACAAGCCUCAGUGUGAUAAAGCAGCUGAUGGAUGGAUGGCUCUUUAUGGCCCCUGACUUGCAUUUUGGCAUUGUGCACGUUGACGACGUUGUGCUUGCUCAUGCACUGGCGUUGGAGAAGGAUACUGCUAAGGGCCGAUAUAUUUUGUGCAAUGGCGACACUAUGAGCAUGCUAGAAAUGGCAGCUGUCAUCAAGAAGAAGUACCCCAACGCUAAAACUCCAACAUACACCAUGCCGAAUGCUCUAACAUAUGUGGUGUCGUUGAUGGUUCCUGGGACAAGCAUCGAGGUCUUGAAGCGGAAUUUAAGCAAGAUUCCCAGAUUUGACAAGAGCAAGUCGGAGAAGGAGCUCGGGUUGCAGUACCAUUCAUCCGAAGAUUGCAUUCUAGAUACAGCUGCCAGCAUCCUGACCUUGGGAGAAAAGAAAUGAGCUGCAGACUCAUACACCGGUUACAGCUUCAUGCUUCGCCUGAAGAGCGGUAGAUCCCUUUUUCAUGCCUGUACACGUUGUUGGGCUGAGGAAAAGCCCUUAGGAUCUUUCAGAGACUAAAUUCAGAACUGAAUGAAUUUGUUGAGUAGAGAGAGAGUACAGGUGAAUAUUCUUAAGUGUUGUACCUAU